AACAGCUGCACUGUUGCUGUUCCCUCAAUUCACGCUCAGCCUCCGUCGAAGUCGGUUCUUUUUCAUCAAUCUUUUCCAGUGCGAAGCUAUUUAACUGGUUAGAAAGGGAAACGAAAACAUCAAGCGUCUUAUUAACAAAACCGAUCGAGUUACUUGAUUCGAACUACUUACGAGCCGGUGUUCGUGAUCGAUGUGCACCUGCAAGGAAUAGCGUGGGAUGCUGUAAGCCAAGGUGACUGCCGGCUAACAUCGCAGCUACUUGGACGUGAAACGUAUCGACAGGGAACGAUAACCGAACGAGGAUGCUUCCUGCUAGAAGAUUAAUCGUUGCCGUGUUUGGUGUUUGCUUGUUGACCGCUCUUCUAGAGGUGAGCGAAGCCAGGCCGCACAUCAGGCAUCAGAAAGGCGGCAGCCAUUGUAGCAGAUGCGGUCCAGGCUGGGGCGCCGUGAACCAUUGCGUCCGUGGCCGUGACACCGAAUGCGGCAAAUGCGCACCAGGCACCUACAGCCCCCACCACAGCACCCAGCCCUGCUGGAUCUGUUCUAGGUGCGGUCCAGGCCUCUACGAGGCGCAUCCUUGCACUUCCAGAACGGAUACCGUCUGCGACUCCUGUCACAGGCCUGCUCCGGAUAAUCUCGACUAUCGAAACAAGUGUAAAGGCCGAACGACGAAUUUGUUUCUCGCACCGGAGGACGCGUUCGACACUGCAGAGCAGAGUAUCUUGGUGAACGAACCCGAUGGACAGGAUCGGUUGCCUGACGGAGACAAAGUGCUGGAGAAAGACGCCGAGGCGGCCAUUAUCAAUAGAGAAUUUAAUUCUUUGGAAAGGUUCUAGGACUGUAAUCGUUUGGUAUAGUUGCUGUUACUUUGUUUCCAUUUUUAAGGAAACGCUUUCUAAAGAUAUUACCGCGUUCGGUUAAUCCGAACGAAAGAAUCGCCUAUUACCGUUGAGUUUUAGUCGCCGAUGAUCCGCCAUUCUCUUCUUCUAAAAGUAGUAGACAAAAAUUCUACUUUCUAAGACUUGGCGAUCUUCUAACAUUCCGCGACUACAAUAUCUCGACGAACCGCGAAGAGGACACUUUCAUUUCCUGAUAUCGUUUGAAACGUUCCUACGGUUCUACAAGAUCCUGCUCGGAUGAGUAAAUCGGGAUUGGAGAUCGAGAGGAAUCUUUCUCCCGGGAUAUCGGGUUUCCUUGAAUCGUCUGGAGAAAAUUGCAAGAUCCAGCCGUGUGGAAUACCGAAUACCCUUUAGAAAUUCAUAAGGCGAAGAGAGGACGAUUAAGAAAGUUUUCGACUUUGAAUAGAAGCGGAAGAUCGUGGAUUAAGACUCGUUAGCCCCGUCGAGUUCGUUUGCAAGCUUUGAGACUGUCGAUCAGAUCGAAGGAUUUUAAAAUCGCUGAUCGAAUUUAAAAUGUUGAUCGAGAGAAAGAUCGAAUUAUUGGAACAUAUUGUUAUUCAAAUGAUCGAUAUUUGCGCUUCGAAUCAAGGCUCGACUGGUCAACGUCUACCACUUGUCAACGCUGGUGCUCGAUAUUUUUCUUUUUGUUUUUUCAAUUUUCCUAUUACGUACCUUUUUCUUGUAUAUUUUAAUAAUACGUAUAAGUAUUCGAGAAGGAGAAUUGGUCGGCUUAGAUCGAUCCCUCGUUGCUAGUCAGUUAACCACUAAGUAGUCGAUAAGAGGUAUCAUAUGGAAUCGACACGAGGUAAUAUUUAAACAGCAGUGUAUACCGUACGCGUAUGCCGUCAUAGUUCAACUCUAAACGUCAUCUUCCACCGAGCGAUAUAUCGCACCUUUGAUGUCGACAGGUCGUUAAUCAUGGUACUCGGAAAGUCCAGUUCAUCAUGGCGUUCAAUCUCUUUCGACAAAAUAUCUCCGAUUGUCUCGCAUGGGAUACAGUAUGAGAAUUUCGAACGGUAAGACUAGGAAGCUUGUGUUGGUUUUGAAAUGACGUCUAAUCGGUUAUGUCAGUUUGCCGAUUAAUGCCAAUAAAUACGAGAUACUUAGCUGCGAUUUUCUAGAGUACCUUUGAUUAAUAUUCGGCAUUUGCUUGAACCUAACGGGACAAUCGUUUGGGCACGUUCCAACUGUAGAUUCCUGUAUGAUAUAAUAUAUUAUAAGUAUAUUUAUAUGUAUAUACCCAAAGAUCUCCUUCGUAUUGUCUGCAUAUACGCAAAUUCUCUCUGCAGAAUUCUUUCAUUCGAAGAAGGUAAAAAUUCUUUCUCUUUCUUCUUUCGUAAUUAUUUAGAAAGUUGCCACCAUCUUGGAUCUCGUUGAUAUUUUUAAUAUGUUGCCUAUAACGUUAAUACGUUGGUAAUUAGUUUCCAUGAUAUUCGCAAAAAGAACAGUCGGUACUACCACAGUGAAUUCUACCUAUAAUUGUGCAUCCGUGACAGCGUACGCGUUAGUAUCGGUUACCGUAUAAAAUCACACCUAAUCCAAACCUAAUUCUUAUCUUCUGUUUACAGCUUAUAUAGGUUUGAUGGGUUAGGUGUCGUUCUAUCCCGGCAACCAAUACCAACGCGUGUAUGCUGUCAGUUACUUGCGAAUAUCGAUGCCGACAGUUUCUUACGAAUUUCUGAAAUACUAAAAAUUUCUAAAAGAUAGGCGCCAGUAAACGCGUAAAGGAAAAAGUUGUUCGAAAUGUUGACUUCUACGAUACAUUGAGAAAAUCAUCGAAAUCCAACAUGUCGGCAGCUUUCUAAAUAAUUGCCGAAAAUUUGUAUAUCCGCAUAUCUCUAAAUUUUCGAACGGCACUAUAUGUCGGGAAUUAUUAUUCGAGAAAUUGCGAAGAUCUCUUUAGAAAAAUUCGUUGUUAUAGGACGAGCGUAUUUCGAUGUUACUCGAUAUGUAUACACGCCAUUAGAUAUCAUCCGUGUACGCAAAGCGUGUAAAUACAUUUCUGUAAAUAUAGGAACGAUGACGGUACGAUUCAGUUGCUGUGUUAAAAUCUGUUACAACAAUGGAAAUGAGCAUUUCCGUUAUUCGUCCAAUAUUUUGUUUAUCGGACUUUUGCGAAUCUUAUAAUUAUAUUUUUCUCUGCCGCGAUGAAACGAUUAAUGGAACGAAAAAUACUGCAAAAAGUUGCAACGUUCGAAUAUUCAACGAGGUGAAUGAUCGAAAACUCAACUCUUUUAGUGAAAUGUUCGCCGCUCGAAAUAUUUCAUAUUUAUUUAUCAAGUUAUUUAUUUUAUCUGGACUAUUUUGAGAACUGCAUCUACGUGUAGUAGUAUCUAUAUAAAAACGAAAUGUUGUGGCGAAUUAACAUUUUCUUGUCCUGCAUAAUUGAAAGUCGAUUAUUCGUAUAUAUUUCGUUGCCGGGAGAUUACAGGAAGGCGAGACGCAUGGAUUUUCGCACAGACACUGUCGAAUCUCGAUCGCGGAUGGAAAUUCACGAAAGCACCAUUAUACUUUUUAUCCGUUUUAUUUAUUUACGCCAAUGUUCGUUCCUUCGAUGGACGUAGUCGCGAGAGACACGUCUACUAUAUGGACACAAUAAAGUACAGACAUAAUACUCUAUGUAAGAUCUUUUUUGUUUUCAUACAACCUUCUGCUCUAUCGUGUUCACGCUCGAAAAACCAUAUAAAGAGCCUAUAUAGUAUAUACGUUUCUUCGAUGCUCAAAUAUACGAUUAUAUAGAUAUAACCUCGAAGUGAAACUAUUGUCGCGUCUUGACGAAGUACGUAACAUUUCGUAUCAGGUAUUAUACGAUUCGUCAAAUAUUAAUCGUUAUCGUUUGAAUUAUUUAUGCACGAUGCGCUACCAUGUAUAUACACGAUAAUCGUAUGAUCGGAGAAAAAUGAAAAUAAUUACUCGCGAAAUGCUACAAUAUAUGGGUCAUAUACAUAUGUGCUGUUCGACGAUAGCUUUAUUCUCUAUUCGCUUUUAUCCGUAAAGGUGAUCAUUUCGAUUUGCAUUGAAAAUGAUACGUCGUUACUUGGUAUUGGCAAUUGCAAAUACUCGAGAAUCUCGAACGAUAACGGUAGUUUCACCGUAAAGCCGAAAUUCGAAUAUUCAACGUUUCGGAUUAGAUACUAACUUCGCUCGAUGUUGCGUUAUUUCGCUGCUACCAUGUUAUAUUAACAUGAUUCUAAGUCUUACAUCAUAUAUCUACGGAUCUUAGAAAAAUGUUAUUCAUUUUAUUUACUUUCUCCCGUAAAGAUGAUCUCAGUCAAUUGGUAGCAAUGGGGAACGUUUGCAUUGUGGAUCGUAUCGUAGUUUACAGUUUACGCGAAGGAAAUCUAGACAAAUUCGGUUACCUUGCAAGAAGUUUGUUCGUGUGAUCGAGAAUCAUUACAUCGAUGACGAUGUCGAUAAUAUAAUGCUCUAUAAAUGAAAUGUGAAACAACGUCGUUAUAUUCUCGUGCGGUAAAAUCUACCUAUAAAAAUAACUUACUGUAAAAUAUGCUGCAAUGGGAUCAAUACGAGUACAAAUAAAACAUUCCUCGCAUCGA